AUGUUUGACUUCUUGAGUGCUAUCAUCACCACGUCUUUGCUGAGCAUUGGGAUCGUCUCGUGUAUCAUUUACUACCUCAACUCCAAUCUUUCCGAGCGAGUUGUCAACCACUUCCAGGCCAGCGAGCCAUGGAUCCCAGAAAAUGAGCUAGUCCUGCUGACCGGCGGGAGUGGUGGCAUCGGCAGACAAAUAAUGGAAGACCUUUCUCGCAAGCAAGUACGCGUGGUGAUCCUUGAUAUCAACCCGCCUACCUUGGAGCUUCCCGAAAACGUGACAUUCUACCAUACAGAUAUCACAUCGGCCCAAUCUCUUUCCAAAACGGGCGCUGCUAUUCGCAAGUCACAUGGAGAGCCAACCGUGAUCAUCAACAACGCGGGUGUUUUCCACCAUGGUACCAUUCUCGAAAUGCCAGAGGAGAAACUGCGUCAGACCUUCGAUGUCAACCUCAUCUCUCAUUUCCUCCUCAUGAAAGAAUUCCUUCCGUUUAUGAUCCGCAUGAACCGGGGCCAUGUCAUAACAGUUGCGAGCGUUGCGAGCUUUCUGACUCUCGGCGAGAUGGUGAGCUAUGCUGCUUCGAAAGCGGGCGCCAUGUCUUUCCAGGAAGGUCUCCGGCAAGAGUUAAAGUAUUGGCACAAGGCUCCAAAUGUGCGGACGAGGUAA